AUGUUUAUUGCUGGUCGUGCAGUCGCAGGUAUUGGGGCGUCCGGCGUCGCCAGUAGCGGGUUUGUUAUAGUUCUCACUGUUUCCUCUGAGAAAGCGAAACCAUUAUUAUUGGGCAUCUGCAGCAGUUGCUUUGCUUUGGGUCUCAUCCUUGCACCCGUUAUCGGUGGUGCUUUUACAGAGAAGGCAUCCUGGCGGUGGUGUUUCUGGGUCAAUCUUCCUCCAGGUGCUUUGACGUUACUCUCUAUGCUCUUCUUCUUCAAACCGCCUUCCAUACAGCGCGAUCAGACUCUUCUCCAGUGUAUUAAAAGCUUGGAUCUUAUUGGAUGUGGGAUGUUUAUUCCGGCUAUCUUUAUGCUGCUUCUCGCUAUGAUGUGGGGUGGCACCCAGAAGGAUUGGGACUCGGCGACAAUUAUCGGUCUCUUUGUGGGAUCGGGUGCAAUGCUCAUGGUAUUUGUGGCCUGGGAAUACUAUAAAGGCGAUGGUGCCAUGAUACCGGGGAAUCUACUCGCAGUGCAAGGUACAUCUCCGUUGGAGAGUGGUACGCGCGUUUUAGCUGCUAUGCUCUCUCAGAUUGUAGGAACUCUGGCUGCUGGUAUUUUGGCGCGGAAGAUAGAUUUCUAUAAUCCUUGGCUAUUCGCUGGACCUCUCUUCAUUUGUACUGCCACAGCGUUAUACACCCAAUUCACGGCUUUUAAUACACCAUCCAGUCAUUGGAUUGGUUUCCAGGUGAUCCAGGGUCUCGGGGUCGGCAUGGCCCAGCAAAUGCCCUCUCUCAUAGUCCAGCUCGAAGUCCACGAUAAACCGGACCUCCUGCCCGUCGGAGUCUCUCUCAAUUUAUUCUUCCAGUACCUGGGAGCAACAGUCACGCAAGUUCUGGGAGUAUUGUGUUCCGCUCAGUUCUUGGCAAUGAACUGGCCCAUCAUGCUGGUCUCAGUGCCUCCAAGUCGCCUUGUUAUCCGCUGCUGGAACCGCCAAUAUACGUGA